GUGAAUGCACAAGCAGUAAAUGAGGUCGUUAUUGCAGUUAUUUUAGUAAUUUUUGAUAAAGAUGAGUGCGAAAAAUUCGGCGCUCGCAUCGCUGACUGCGACUUACACCGAUUCGGAAAAUGAAGAUGAUCAAAAAUCGGACAAUGAGUCCAUGGCAUCCGAAGGAAGUUCGUCGACGAAUACUCGCAUCCGAUCACGCCAACAAACACCGAUACGAGAUGCAUCGGAACCUUCAGUUACGCCUCCGGCCAGCACACAGGCCAGUGCAUCUAAAAGCACAGCACUAUCGUUACUUGCCAGCGCGUCUAACGAAUCAUCUGCAACCCGCCAGAAAGCGGUUCGACUAGUUAGCUACUUCGACGAUACUGUCGUUUCGGAUGAAGAAAUGACGUCACCAAGCCGGGUAGCUGGAGAAGCUAUGGAAGCGUCCGAGGACGAAGCAGUUGCUCCUGAAUCUGCAUCACCGAAAAAAAUUGACCGCGCCAAGCUGUACGGAUUUUCAUUGCCACCAGAACCAAAAGGAAAAUGUUCCGUCGAAUUGCAGGAGAAAAUUGCCUCUACGUACGAAAAAAUGCGUAACUCCUACAUGGAUACUAAUAAAAUCAUACAGGAACGGAAAGAGUUCCGAAAUCCUAGCAUCUACGAGAAGCUGAUUCAGUUUUGUGACAUCAACGAACUGGGCACUAACUAUUCGCCCGAUAUUUACGACCCGCUCAAGUGGGGCAAAGAGUCGUACUACGAAGAGUUGGCAAAGGCUCAGAAAAUCGAAAUGGAGAAAGUGGAGAAGGCAAGGAAGGAAAACGCGAAGACGGAAAUUCAGGUCGGCGUCAAAAAGAUGGACACGGACGAGUCGAAAAAACGCAAAUCGAAAUGGGAUCAGCCCGGCGUUUUGGGUGCCGCUCCGGGAACCGUUUCGGCAGCCAGCGCACUGAAAGCGGCCGGAAUUAUCACCCAAACGUUGACGACAACGGCCACCGGCACCAAAGGGACUGUAAUAUCGGCGUUCGGGUCUUUACCCAAGAAACCGAAAAUGUAAUUAAGAUUGUCUCUGUAUUUGUAAGUUUUAAUAAAUAAAUUAGAUC